AGCUCUUAGAUGUGAGCUCCUUGUAGUAUGUAUAGUGUUCUGUGGACAUGAGAUGACAGCAAUCACGCAAACUGUUUAUUAAGCUAAACAUUACUCGGGAAGAUGUCUAAACAAAGUGUGAUGUUCCACCCUAUUAUCAGCUCUAUACAGAGGAUUGCCCUCUAUGAAACUAAACAGAGAUUCUACCUCAUAGGCUCCAACAAUACCCAGACACGCUUCAGAGUACUCAAGAUCGACAGAACAGAUCCGCGAGAGCUUAUUCUAGUGGAUGAUAAAGUGGAGUACAACAAGCAAGAAAUACAUCAGCUCCUUAACAUGAUUGGCUUUGGCAACAGAGCUGGUAAAGCCUCGGGGCUUAAUAAACUUGUGUCAGCUUUUGGAAUUGUUGGUUUUAUCAGAUUCCUAGAAGGCUAUUACAUAAUACUUGUCACAAAAAGAAGGAAAAUUGCCAUGAUUGGCUCACAUUCCAUAUACAAAAUUCAAGAUACAGCAAUGAUAUACAUUCCAAGUGACAAUAGUAAGCCUCAGCAUCCUGACGAGCAGAGAUAUCUUAAGAUGUUCAUGGCCGUUGACUUAUCUACUAACUUCUAUUAUAGCUACAGCUAUGAUAUAACACACACCUUACAAAUGAACAUGGCUCCUCCAAGAAAAUUGGCUCCAGCAUUAUUCCCUGAGCCAGUCACUGCUGCUGUGUAUCAUUCUAAUUUAAGGUUAUCUGUGGCUGAUGAUAACCAAUGUACAUGUAAUAUGGAGGAUGAUGAAGACAUUUUUCAGACAUGGAAGGAGCAGUUGCAGCAAAGACGUGAGAAGACUGGACAACACCAAAAAUUAGAGUUCGGAGUACGAACAGUACCUGAGUGGAGAUUUGUAUGGAACAGCCACCUACUAUCAGCAGUACAUUCCCAUUUACAUCCAGAUUGGAUACUAUAUAUAGUGCAUGGUUUCAUAGAGCAAAGUAAUUUAAACAUUUUUGGUAGACCUGUUUACUUGACACUCAUAGCCAGAAGGAGUAAUAGGUAUGCUGGUACUAGAUUUUUGAAGAGAGGGGCUAACAUGCACGGCGAUGUUGCUAAUGAAGUGGAAACAGAGCAGAUUGUCCAUGAUUCCAUGGUUUCAUCAUUUUGCACUGGCAGAUUCAGCUCUUUUGUCCAAAUAAGAGGAUCGAUUCCUAGCUACUGGUCUCAAGACGUGUCCAAAAUGGUGCCUAAACCACAAAUAGCUAUUGAUCUCAGUGACCCAUUUGCUGAAAUCCCAGGAAGGCAUUUGAAUAAUCUUUUGAGGAGAUAUGGCUCCCCGAUAAUGUUCCUGAAUUUAGUCAAGAAACGUGAGAAGAAGAAACAUGAGUCUUUGCUAACUGACGUGAUAAGCAAUGCUGUGAGAUAUUUAAAUCAGUUCCUGCCACCAGAGCAUGCUAUUCAAUACUUUCAUUUAGACAUGGCACGAAUGAAUAAGGGGGCUGAUGCUAAAGUGCUUGAUAAUUUAUCGGCAAUAGCUCGCACAGUAGUAAAACGGACGGGUAUAUUUCUGAGCUCGGAUGGCUAUGGUGAGCAGGCGGGUGUGAAAGGACAUCAGGCUGGACAACUGCAGACAGGAUUGGUACGAGUCAACUGCGUCGAUUGUCUAGAUCGAACUAAUACUGCGCAGUUUGCAAUUGGCAAAUGCGUCUUGGCAUAUCAGCUAUAUGCUCUCGGCCUUCUGGGAGAGCCGGUGAUAGAAUUCGAUUCGGACUGCGCGCGACUACUCGAAGGGUUGUACGAAGACCACGGCGACACGUUAGCGCUGCAGUAUGGUGGAUCUCAAUUGGUUCACAGGAUAAAAACCUACCGCAAGACAGCUCCUUGGUCAUCCCACGGCAACGAUAUAAUGCAGACACUCAGUCGGUACUACUCCAAUACGUUUUCUGAUGCCGAAAAGCAGAAUUCCAUGAAUCUGUUCCUGGGGCUCUUCAUACCCGAUACGUCCAGACCGCCAAUUUGGGAAUACCAGAGCGACUAUUAUCUGCACCAUCCUGAGGCUAUAGUCUUUAUUCCCAUUAACAGAUCGAUGACGAAAUGGUGGGACGACGAUGUCCUGAAGUACUUGCCAAGACCCUGCAAUGAGAUGCGUAAGCUGUGCUGCGAGAUCAUCGGCAUGCACAGCGACUCGCUCGAGAUGCUCGAUCUCUACCACGACUGCAACCGCCCCUUCGAAUAUACGCAGUUGCAGGAAUGCUUCGAGCUUAAGAUGUGUCACACGUUACGGGAUUUAGCACCGACGUUCACGGAGAGUUUCAGUCCGUUUGUGGUCCGCGGUCGCGCUAUUGGACAAACGAAAGGCCCCACUUCCAAGAACCCCGUCAUCAGCGGACGAUCCAGUACCACUUCUAAUAAUUCUAGCGAUUCGAACAGCGACUCCUCAACGGAAGACGACUUAACCAGUUCGUCGCCGAGCUCGCGGCAGGCCAUUCCCUCUCCAUUGGCCGAAGUGGUUAAGACGCUCAGUGAACCGGAGGUGCCUACCCACACGCCGAGUUUUCCUGCCAUCAAGCGCUCCAACCGUAUCCUGUUGGCUGAGCCUAACAAACGAGAUAUGCUUAUAUACAAGCGCUACGUGAAUUUCGAGCGACGUUCCAACCCGCGGUACAAGAGCGACAACCAUGUGGUAAUGACGGUGAGCAGCGCAUUCACUAUCGACAGCACCAUCGACGUGAUCCCGCCAACCGUCACGCGCGCUUCCCGCGAAAUAUAUCACAAUUACGUACAAAAAAAGACUGGCCACAUUACUGUGCCUACUAAUUCUAUGGCAUUGUAUAACAAAUAUGUUAACUUUAGCCUUUAAACUAUGUUAUUAUUUAUUAUGUUUAUAAGUGUUUAUUUAUGCCUGUGUGGAUAAAGGUUAAUACAAAAUACAUUACCAAAUAAUAAUAUGUAUUAUUUUCAUUUCAUAUGCCAUUCACGCAGCUGCUGAACAAUCCGACAGUUUUAUUAGUAGAGCUUAGAAGAAUUCGAUUCGAAAUCCUGCGUAAAGUAUCGUAUGUCGAAAUUGCCAAGUUCACAGGGGAGCGUUUUAAAGUUUUGAAUUCACUGAAAUGAGCUUAACACGUGAAUUUAGCAUUUCUCAGUUUUAUUAUAGAACGAGUUUUAAAGUAACGAGUUUUGCCCAAUUAAACAAAAAAAUUGAAGACUACGUGUUUAUAAAGAUAUAUGGAAAGACGACAUGGCUCCAGAAUCCGCACAAAUUUGCUUCAAGGUGUAUUCCAUAGC